AUGCAUCGAUCAGCUGACAACUUGUUGCUGCUUGUAGCUGCGGCCACCUUAUUGAGCCUCUCGCUUCUCACCCAUGCGCAUGCGCUGCAGAAGCCUCAACAUCCAGAUCCAGCUGGUGGCCGUAGUAAUGUUACCUCAAGAAGCUGCAUACCUGAGGAGAGGGAUGCGCUGCUGGCGUUCAAGCGAGGUAUCACGAGUGACCCGGCGGGAGCCCUCACCUCAUGGCAACAAGACCUAGAAGACUGCUGCCGGUGGAGAGGCGUCCGGUGCAGCAACCGGACAGGCCACGUCCUCAAGCUUCAACUUCGUAACGAGCAAUUCGGCAAAAUUGAUUGGAGGCCGGUUAAACCUCUGGUUGGCCAGAUAAGUCGUUCUUUGCUCAGGUUGGAGAAUUUGGAGUACCUUGAUCUGAGCUGGAAUGACGUCGAGGGCUCAACAGGUCGUAUUCCAGAGUUCCUGGGCUCUCUCAAGAACUUAAGGUACCUUAACCUCUCUGGCAUACAGUUUUUUGGACCUGCUGUCCUUACCCACCUUGGUAACUUGUCGAAGCUGCAAUAUCUCGAUCUUUCGUAUAUGGGAGGAGACGGAGGGUUAACCUACACAUCGGAUUUGUCAUGGCUAGCACACCUAUCUUCCCUUCAGUAUCUUAGCCUUGGUGGCAUUUUACUCCGUGCAAAUGCUGACUGGAUGCUUGUUCUGAACAUGAUUCCUUCUAUAAGGGUCUUGGAUCUUUCCAACUGCGGGCUCACAAGUGCAAACCAACCGCUCUCACAUCUUAACCUUACAAGUCUUGAGAAGCUUGAUCUUUCCGACAAUCUGCUUGACCAACCUGUUGCAUCCUGUUGGUUUUGGAACAUAACAAGCCUCAGGUACCUCGACCUUGACUACAGUGGUUUGUAUGGUCAACUCCCUAGUGCACUGGGAGGUAUGACAUCCUUGCAGUACCUAGAUUUAUCAUAUAUAAGUAGCAACCUAAGCAUGACGAUGAAAAGCAUGAAGAGCCUAUGCAACUUGAGGAUCCUAGGCCUCGACAAUUGUUUCUCACAGGGAAGUAUGACAGAGGUAAUCGAGAACUUGCCACGGUGUUCAUCAGCAAACAAAUUGGUUGAGCUUUCUCUGGGAUCAAAUCAGCUUACAGGGGACAUCCCAACAUUGAUGGGGCAGUUCACCAGCUUAGUAGUGCUUGAUCUCAGCAGCAACAAUAUUACUGGGCCCAUCCCAUCAUUUAUUGGGUCUUUCACUAGUUUGAAGACCCUUGACCUCUCUCAUAACCACUUUAGUGGACAUGUACCAUAUGAGAUUGGUAUGCUCACUAAUUUGAUCAGGCUUGACCUGAGCAACAAUAACUUGGAUGGUGCGAUAAGAGAGGAGCACUUCACUAGUAUAAAGAACUUACAAUACAUUGAUUUAUCUUACAGUUCAUUGAAGAUUGAGCUCAGUUCCGAAUGGCAACCGCCAUUUAGAUUACUUAUUGCAUCUUUUGCAGCUUGCCAGAUGGGUCCAUUAUUUCCUGCCUGGUUGCAAUGGCAGGUGGAUGUUCUAUAUAUUGAUAUCUCAAGCGCAGGAAUAACUGAUAAGCUUCCAAAUUGGCUUCAUGGUUCCUUGUCCAAUCUCAUAUAUUUGAACAUUUCCAACAAUCAGGUGAAUGGACAUCUCCCAAUACACCUUGGAACCAUGCCAUCACAAGAACUCUAUCUUAGUGCAAACCAAUUAACUGGUCAAAUAUCAGCAUUACCACCAAACAUAACCAACUUGGACAUCUCCAUGAACUCCCUGUCAGGACCUCUACCAUCAAAUUUUGGAGGUCCAAACCUAGUAGAGCUGUCCUUGUACUCCAAUCACAUCACUGGUGGUAUUCCGAGGUCUAUUUGUAACUGUGAGGAGCUGGAAAUUUUAGAUCUAGCAAACAAUUUUUUAGAAGGGGGACUUCCCAUUUGCUCUGGGAGGAGCAGUAUUCAAAAUUUAGAGUUAAGUAACAAUAGCUUAUCUGGAAAAUUUCCAUCAUUUCUACAAAAUUACACGAAGCUGCAGUUCCUUGAUUUAGCUAGGAAUAAAUUCUCUGGGAGAUUGCCAGCAUGGAUUGGAAACUUAGUGAGAUUACAAUUUUUACGGCUGAGUCACAACAUGUUCUCUGGGAAAAUUCCGACAAGCAUCACCAAUCUUGAAUGUCUAAAAUGCUUGGAUAUAGCAAGCAAUGGUAUGUAUGGUUCUUUGCCUAGGCAUUUAGGUAACUUAAGCUCUAUGAGACAUAAAUAUUUGGAAGGGCAUCAUUUCAAUUGUCGCUACUCUCAACCAGUUGAGUAUAGGAGUGUCACUUUGUCUCAAGUCAUAAAGGGACAACAACGUGACUACGGUUCUGUACAAAGAAUGAUGGAUAUGAAUAUGACGGUCAUCGACCUAUCUUCAAACUACUUCACAGGUGAAAUUCCUGAAGACAUUGCUACUCUUGAUGCAAUACAAUCUUUGAAUAUCUCAAGGAAUUAUUUCAGCAGGAACGUUCCCAACAAUAUUGGGGCCAUGCAACGGCUAGAAUCACUUGACCUUUCAUGGAACAAUCUUGCAGGAGAAAUACCAUCGAGUCUAUCAGAUCUGACAUUCUUAAGUUAUUUGGACUUGUCAUACAACAAUUUUACAGGAAGGAUACCAUCAGGAUCGCAGCUUGACACACUCUUUGCAUCAAAUCCAUCACUGACCCAUCAUUUAUUGGGUCUUUCACUAGUUUUCUCUGCGGGGCUCCUCUAA